AUGUACGACAGGUCUUCACAGAUCCUGGUUGUUUGUGUCAUUUUCUUUAUUCUUUCUUGGGUCUCUGUAGGUCUACGAGUAUAUGUAAACUUCUUACUCAACAAUGCANNGUACUGGUUCUUCUGUGAGCUCUUCUACACAUUGGCGACAUCAACGUUGAAGAUCUCGAUCGGUCUCUUCUUCCUACGAAUAGCCAACAACAAGUGGCAUAUUCUGAUCAUCAAGGCUAUCAUGUACUGCAGCGCAGUGCUCGGUAUCACAUACUUCGCCAUUGUUCUUUUCCAGUGUCACCCGAUCUCUUUCUGGUGGGACCUCAACCCGAAUCACCAUGGACAUUGCUUGAGCGCUUCCGUCAUGGCCGACACGAGUUACGUGGUCUCUGCUCUCAACUCGUGUGCGGACUGGGUCUUCGGUAUCCUGCCAAUCUUCAUCGUCAAGGAUCUACAAAUGCAUCGUCACCAAAAAGCGGUUGUAGCGGUCAUUCUCGGUUUCGCUGCGGUCGGCAGUUCUGCGACAAUUAUCCGGUUGCCUUACGUCUGGACCGUCAAAGAAUACAAGGGCGAGUUUCUCUGGCGCACGGCUGAUGUGGCCAUCUGGACUACCGUCGAGGUCGGAAUUGGCAUCACUGCAGGCAAUCUGGGAACGCUGAGACCGCUUAUGCAGCGUCUCAUGAGUUUCAUGGGAAUCUCAAGCUCGACGGCACGCGACUCGAGGACGACCAAGCGCAACAAGCUCACAGGCUACGGCUAUAUGAACAGUGGGGCAACACCGCUGGAAGAUUUCACCGGCAAAGGAGCCAUCAAAACGACCAUCACGAUUCGCGGUGGCGCGUCCAACGACGACUCAAACUGGGGUGGACUUUCCAGGACCGACAGUGAGGAGGAAAUCGUGCCUGGCGCAAGCAAACUUCACGAAGGCGGUAUUCUGCAGAGUGUCCAGAUCGACACAUCGUUCGAGGAGAGAGCACAGGACAGCCUCGGAGCUGGCAACACCUCACCUCGAGCGACACAAACGUACGGCAUAGUAUAG